GCUAACGACUACUUUAUCCAAUACUCCACCGAUCCAACGAGUCGCACACCAAACCAAAUGAUGCACCGUUGGUCAACGAUUCAACUGUCGGUCAACAAGUUCUGCGGGUGCGUUGCUCAGAUUGAAGGAAGACAAAGAUCUGGUACGGGAAUUAUUGACCAGACUGCAGAAGUAAAAGAAUUAUACCAAUCCCUUUAUGGUAAGCCACUCGUGUUUGACCAUUGCUGGGUUGAGUUGCGUCAUCACCAAAAGUGGAGCCAACAAAUGAAAAAUUACAAUAAGAUUCGAUCACAGCCGAGAAGAACCACGAACUCUGAUUCCUCACCAAACAAUUCCAUGCCAGCGACCCCCAUCGAGUUGAACAUUGACUCGGAUGAUGUUAUAGCAAGGCCUGAAGGGAGGAAAGCGGCAAAACUCAAGAGGAAACAAAAUGUGGAGAAAUCUGAGUCCGCUAAGUCCAUUAUGGGAGAGGCUUUCGCGUGGAUGAAGCAAACCAACAAAGAAAAAAUGGAGCUAAAACAGAAGAAACAAGAUGACGAUAUCAUGAAGAUCGAUAUCUCAACACUCAAUUCAGUUCAACGUCAAUACUUUGAAAUGCGCCAGGCAGAGAUUUUGGAGAGGUGGAUGUCCAAGGGUUCUUCCUAAUUAUCAUAUAUUGUACUCGCAUCGCAUCCUCAUUAGUUCUUCCUAAUUAUCAAUUAGUAUCUUAUAUUAGAUUUAUGAUUGUACUUGAAGUUGAAAAUUUUGGCAUUGAAUGAAAACAACUACUUUAUUAAAAAUGAAAUUGGCGUAGUACAACAACUUGAACUCCUUUUCUGAAAUUACAUUAGACAUAAAGAAACUUAAUCCUC